AUUUCACCAGCCUGGCUGGCUUUGAGAGCUGAACACUUUUCCCAGACACUUUCACGUGGGGCACAAAGAAGGCUUUGAAGCUUCUCCUCUAUUUCUUCAGUAAGCAGCGACUUGAAACGCCUGAGAAGAUGGUCAAGAUCUUUGGAGCCUCAACGGUAUUUUGGAUACUGUUCGCAGCCUCUCAAGCUUUUAAAAUUGAGACCUCCCCUGAAUACAGAACAAUUGCUCAGAUUGGGGACUCCUUGUCCCUGACUUGCAGCACCACAGGCUGUCAGUCCCCAUCUUUCUCUUGGAGAACCCAGAUAGACAGUCCACUAAAUGGGAAGGUGAGGAUCGAGGAAACCAAGUCCAUCCUAACCAUGGAUCCUGUCAGCUUUGAGAAUGAACACUCUUACCUGUGCACAGCAACAUGUGGUUCUGAGAAACUGGAAAGAGGAAUCCAGGUGGACAUCUACUCAUUCCCUAAGGAUCCAGAGAUUCAGCUGAGUGGCCCACCAGAGGCCGGGAAGCCGGUCAUGGUCAAGUGUUUGGCUCCUGAUGUUUACCCAUUUGACAGACUGGAGAUGGAUAUAUUCAAAGGUGACCAACUCAUGAAGACUCAGGAGUUUCUAGAAGAGAUGGAGAAGAAGUCUCUGGAAACCAAGAGUUUAGAAGUAACCUUUACUCCUGUCAUUGAGGAUAUUGGAAAAGUUCUUGUUUGCAGAGCUAAAUUACACAUUGAGCAAACUGAUUCUGUGCCCAAAGAAAGGGAGACUGUCAAAGAACUGCACGUCUACACCUCCCCCAAGAACACAGCUAUCUCCGUCCAUCCCUCCACAAGGCUUGAGGAGGGUGAUGCUGUGACAAUGGCAUGCUCCAGUGAGGGUCAUCCAGCUCCUGAAAUUUUCUGGAGUAAGAAGUCAGAUAAUGGAAAUCCACAGCUGCUCUCAGGGAAUGCAACCCUCACCUUAAUUGCUAUGAGGAUGGAAGAUUCUGGAACUUAUGUAUGUGAAGGAGUUAAUCUGAUUGGGAGAGACAAAAAAGAGGUGGAAUUAAUUGUCCAGGAGAAAUCAUUUACUGUUGACAUCACCCCUGGAUCCUGGGUGGCUGCACAGGUUGGGGACUCAGUUGUACUGACAUGUGCUGUUGUUGGCUGUGAUUCUCCCUCUUUUUCUUGGAGAACCCAGAUAGACAGCCCCCUCAAUGGGAAGGUGAGGAGUGAGGGUGCCAAGUCCACACUGACUCUGAGCUCUGUGGGUUUUGAGGAUGAACAGUCUUACUUGUGCACUGUGACUUGUGCGCGAAGGAAACUGGAGAAGGUCAUCCAGGUGGAAGUCUACUCAUUCCCUGAAGACCCAGAAAUUGAGAUGAGUGGGCCACUUGUGCAUGGGAGACCUGUCACUGUGAACUGCACAGUCCCUAACAUGUACCCUUCCGACCAUCUGGAGAUUGAAUUACUGAAGGGGGAGACAACGUUGAUGAAUAAAAAAUUUUCAGAGGAAAUGGGCAUAAAAUCCCUAGAGACCAAAAGCUUGGAAACGACCUUCAUCCCCACCUCAGAAGAUACAGGGGAAGUUCUUGUUUGCCUGGCUAAAUUACGCAACGGCAAACUGGAAUCUGAACCCAAACAAAGGCAGAGUACACAGACUCUUUAUGUCAAUGUUGCCCCCAGGGAAACCACCAUCUGGGUCAGCCCCUCUUCUGUACUAGAGGAGGGAAGUCCUGUGAACUUGACCUGCUCAAGCAAUGGUGUGCCAGCCCCCAAAAUCCACUGGAGCAGACAGCUAAGCAAUGGGGAACUGAAGCCUCUUUCUGAAGAUGCUACACUCACCUUAAUGUCUACAAAAAAGGAAGAUUCGGGCACUUAUGUAUGCGAAGGGAUUAACCAGGCUGGAAUUAGCAAAGAGUCAGUGGAGCUGAUUGUUCAAGUCUCUCCAAAAAACAUACAGCUUACAGCCUUUCCUUCUGAGAGUGUCAAAGAGGGAGACACUGUCAUUAUCUCCUGCACUUGUGGAAAUGUGCCCGAAACAUGGAUAAUCCUGAAGAAGAAAGCAAAGACGGGAGACAUGGUGCUAAAGUCGGUCCAAGGCUCCUACACCAUCCUCAAGGCACAGCUGCAGGAUGCCGGGGUGUACGAGUGUGAAUCUAAAACUGAAGUUGGCUCACAAUUAAGAAGUUUAACACUGGAUGUAAAAGGAAGAGAGAAUAACAAGGACUAUUUUUCCCCCGAACUCCUUGCACUCUACUGUGCAUCCUCCUUGGUAAUACCCGCUAUCGGAACCAUCAUUUACUUUGCAAGAAAAGCCAACAUGAAAGGAUCGUACAGUCUGGUGGAAGCACAGAAAUCGAAAGUGUAGCUGACAUCUGAAAUGUUUGUGAAAAGACACUAUUUAUAAACCCCAGAUCCUUAAGACUCUGAUCAUUUCACCUCCCUCUCCCC